GCCCCCGGGGCAUUGUGGGCCGCCGCGCUCCGCCGCCGCUUCGCCAUGUCGGGCUCCCCCGUAAAGCGGCAGAGGAUGGAGAGCGCGCUGGAGCAGCUCAAGCAGUUCACCACCGUGGUGGCCGACACGGGCGACUUCCACGCCAUCGAUGAGUACAAGCCCCAGGACGCCACCACCAACCCCUCCCUGAUCCUGGCCGCGGCACAGAUGCCCGCCUACGAGGGGCUGCUGGACGAGGCCAUCGCCUACGGCAAGAAGCUGGGCGGGUCACAGGAGGAACAGAUUAAAAAUGCUAUGGAUAAGCUUUUUGUGUUGUUUGGAGCAGAAAUAUUGAAGAAGGUUCCGGGCCGCGUAUCCACAGAAGUGGAUGCCAGGUUGUCCUUCGACAAGGACGCCAUGGUGGCCCGUGCCAGGCGCCUCAUCGAGCUCUACCAGGAGGCCGGGAUCAGCAAGGACCAGGUCCUUAUAAAGCUGUCGUCCACCUGGGAAGGGAUUCAGGCCGGAAAGGAGCUGGAAGAGCAGCACGGCAUCCACUGCAACAUGACGCUGCUCUUCUCCUUUGCCCAGGCCGUGGCCUGCGCCGAGGCGGGGGUGACGCUCAUCUCCCCCUUCGUGGGGCGCAUCCUCGACUGGCACGUGGCCAACACAGACAAGAAGGCCUACGAGCCCCUGGAGGACCCCGGAGUGAAGAGCGUCACCAAGAUCUACAACUACUACAAGAAGUUUGGCUACAAGACCAUCGUCAUGGGCGCCUCCUUCCGCAACACCGGCGAGAUCAAGGCGCUGGCGGGCUGUGACUUCCUCACCAUCUCGCCCAAGCUGCUGGGGGAGCUGCUCAAGGACAACAGCAAGCUGGCACCCAUGCUGUCGGCCAAGGCGGGUAAGGCCGUCUCACCCUGGCCACCGCGGGGCGGGUGCAGCCCGGGGGCGGGGACCAUGUCCCACCUGUGUCUGGAGCCCAAGGGCCUGGGGCCUGGGGGGGGCACGGGGGGGGGGGGGCGGCGCAGAAGGCCCUGGGUGAUGCCCGUGCUCCCAGCCCAGGCGAGCGACCUGGAGAAGGUGCAUCUGGAUGAGAAGGCCUUCCGCUGGCUGCACAACGAAGACCAGAUGGCCGUGGAGAAGCUCUCGGACGGCAUCCGCAAGUUUGCUGCCGACGCCGUGAAGCUGGAGCGGGUGCUGAUGGAACGCAUGUUCGGCGCAGAGAACGGAAAGUAGCCCGGUGCCUGAGGCCGGAGGUGCCUGAGGCCGGAGCAUGGGUCUGCACCACCUGAGGGGGCGAGUGAUAGGCCUGGCGAUGAAUCGUGCAUUUUUUUACCGGUUGGAGCCUGGACGGAUCCUGGAUUCUGUGUAAAAUUUUGCCUAACUCAUUAAAGCAAUCACUUUUCUUGUG